CCCUAUUUAAAUUUCAGAACACUUUUAACUAUGUUGGAGAUGUUUCCAUGCGUCUGAUACCGCCCAACACUCCUAGAUGAAGUGUUGUGUUUUCUCUGCUCAAAAUACAAAUGGUAUUGAAAAAGAGAAAUAAUGAUGUUGAAACUUAGCUGGCGCACUACAGCAACCUACAACGUAUGCCAUAUCCUGAAUUGCGGUCGGUAGUUUGGAGUUGAGUGCAUGGAACUUUGGCUUUACUGUUUUUUAUCUUCUUUAGUGCAAAAGUGUUCUUCCAGAUAGCACAAAGCACUCCAUGUUCGGGCUCAUUACUUUGCUUUAUAUUUCCAACAUUUACUGUUAAUUUAAUUUAUUUUUUUAUUUAACCAAAUUAGUUUAAAAAGAUAUAUUCAUGGCUAGUGGUUGUAUCCCAGUGAUCGAUAUGCAAGAAUCAAUGUCAGUCGGAGGAAAAUUUGAAAAACAGCAUGUGAAGAGUGGGGAUGUUUUAGGAUUAUCAACCAUGGGAUUGCUGUGACUUUGAUGUCUGAGAUGCAGUCGGUGGCGCGUUCUCUCUUCGACCUUCCGGUAGAAAUCAAGCAGCAGCACGGUGACGCGGUGGCGGGCGGGAAGGGGUACAGCCCAGUUCAGGAGGCCAAUCCUCUUAUUGAGGGAUUGGAUGUUUAUGACAUGGACUCUCCUGGAGCUGUCCAUGCUUUUUGCUCUCACCUUCAAGCCUCUCCUAACCAAAGGGAGACAAUCUUAAGGUACACUGAAGCGAUACAUGAGUUGACCAUGACUAUUGGAAGCAAGUUGGCAAAGAGUAUGGGGAUGGAUAGUAAUUUAUUCAAAGAUUGGCUGUGCCGAUUUAGGUUAAACAAGUACCACUUCACUCCUCACACUAUAGGAUCAACUGGUGCUCGAAUGCACACAGAUGCAUCACUUCUCACAGUAUUAAAUGAUGAUGAAAUGGUUAAAGGUCUAGAAAUUGUGGACAACAAGUCUGGUGCAGUCAUACCCAUUGAUCCAAUGCCAGCCUCCCUCCUUGUCUUUGUUGGAGACAUUGGAAAGGUAUGGAGCAAUGGAAGAUUUUGUAAUCUGAAGCAUCGAGUACAAUGCGUUGAAGGAAGAGUACGAGUCUCAAUUGUUUUGUUUUUGUUAGAACCGAAGGAGGCGAAAGUGGAAGCAUCGCCUGAACUGGUGGACUCUGAUCACCCUCGUCUUUUUGUUCCUUUCACCUUUGAAGAAUAUUAUAUGCGCCGGAGCUCCACCAGUUCUGCAUCCGGUGAAGCUCUUGAGUUCUUCCGAACUCCUCUUGAAAUUAAUGAAGAACGUGUUUGAAUGGGCCAAUGUAUAUUUAUAUGUGUGAGAUACAUUUAAUCAUUAAUAAUGUGUCCGUAUGUUUUAGUCUACAUGGUUAGCACCAUGUCACGAGGAGUGCUACUUACAGUCGUGCUUGUGACUAUCUCGUUGGCGACUGUCUCGCGUUUUUUAUUGGUCACAAUUCCUAAAAUUGUAGGUUCAUUUAUGAGAUGUUCCCUAACUUUAUGGAAAUUAAAAAUAUAAGU